AUGAAGGACUUCAUGACGGAGGCGGCGCAGCAAGUACGCGAUGAAUUUCAACGUCUUCCGACCCCAUCAAAGGACAUUCGUUCCAAGGCAGGCAGGCCCAUCACACUACGGGCGGUUUCACGCGGCGUCUGGCUCAAUGACACCCCCACGGCACAGAAGCUGAAGGCCGCCACGCCCGAUGGCGCACGCUUUAAUGACAUCAUCAAUGGAGUCGCUGUGCUCUGCGAGAGGGAAGAGUCCACGCUCAUCUCCCACGCUGCCACCUACGAGCUCGGGCAGAUGGAGGCGGAGAUGGACCUCCCCGUUUCUGCCGCGUGCGACAUUGAGGCGGCGCCCUCGCCAUUGGGUCCGAUCAAGCAGCACGGCAUGGAUGAAGUGGUUCUGGAAUAUUUCGAGGACGGUUUCAAGGGAGCGGGUUUAGAAUUCUCGGGGGCUGAUGACCUUCGAUUUGCAAAGCACGUUUUCCUGGAUGGCAGUUGUUUCAAGUCGGCUGUUGAGGAACUUUCGCGUUCAGGUUGGGCUUUCGUCAGAUGUUUUUCGGGCGCCUCGGGAAAAGUCCAGGACGUUAUCAAGGUCGCGGCUCACAAGGAUGUUGACGACCCAGCUAUAACUGAUGUUGAACGUUUCCGACGGAAGGGCAACUUCCACGCCGACCGCUCCCACGAGUGGGAGUGGGAGGUGGGCCCCCGGAAGGAGGUGGGCAACGAGAAGACGGGCGGCGUGGACGACUUCGGCAGGAGAGUGUCGGAGCCGGGGCAGGAUGCCCGCCACUCCGCCGCGCUCCGAGGGUGGCGCCCAGCGCCGCCGCCCGCUGGCCGGAGACAACCGCGCGGCGACAUGCCGGCCUUCGCCGAGGCGGAGCUGUCUGUGAAGGCCAUCCUCAGCAGUCUGGAGCUGGAGCACGAGCGGGAGGUGAGCGCGCUCUGGGGCGAGAUCGCCCAGCUGCGGCAGGAAACGGCGGUCCUCCGCCCCAGCGGACUCAGCGACCCCAGCGCACAGCAGCCCGACGCAUCGCCGCGCUACGAAGACGACCGACCGCAGCGAGAAGUCUCCUUCGAGGUGCAGCGGUGCCCGACGGCCGAGUCGCCCGUCGUCGUGAGGACGGGUGCGAUCAACUCCGGGUGCAACCUUCUUACUCCGCGCCGGGCCGUCGUGGUCGAAGGUGGUUCAGUUCAAGCCGAGCCCUCGACACUUGCCGCCUACCCCAAUCCGUCGGCCAGCUCCUCGCUACCCUUGGAUGCGGCGGUGGACGAUGGCCUCGAGACUGGCAUCGUCAGCGAUAAGGCCCUAACACCGCACAGCAGGAAUACCUCCAGGAGAUUACCGACACAUACGUCGACGAUUUCUUACAAUACCUGUAGAUCUCGAUCCACCAAGCUUGGCGGCCACCUGGUCUCCCACGUCAAGACCAUCAGGUCGCGGGGGUACCCGGAGGUUGCGAAGAAGUUGACAAUGGCUCUUAACAGCGUGACUGACCUGAACGACCCGGACCAAUCGGAAAAAAGGUGUUGCGCAUCCCAAAUCGAAGCCGUUUCAUUGGCACUGCCACCAUGUAUGUCACCCUUCUUGUUCCUUUGA